CCGCUGACAGUGUGCGUCCGUAGCGAUCGCGGUAGUUAUGUGCGGAGGAACGCUCGUUGCACGGGCGUCGCGCACUCGGAACUCGGUGAAGCUGGGCUUUCUGCUGCUGCUCUUCUCGAUCGCUCAUCUGUCGUUGCUGCAACAUGCCGAUGCCAAGAUACUCGAGGGCGAUCUGAUAACACGCGAAAACUGGGCAUUCGUCGCGAGAUUCUGUUUUCUAACGGAAAGUGGUACCUUUCGGUAUCAUAUUGAAUUAAGUGGCGAAGAACGUAAUCUGAACGUGUUGCUGUACUACGAUGGACCGUCUCAAUGGCCCACCGUCUACCCUUCCAAUAAGACGUGUCAAGAGAAACAGAGUAUUCUCAACAUCGACUACGGUCAAAUAAUACCGCUGAAUACAUCGUGGCGAGAAUCAUCAGGAUGUGUGCAGAACGAUGACGGUAUAGUCCGAUGCGACAGCCAGAGGAGAUUUAUUUCGUCCCGGCCGAGAUGGUGGUACAUAGUUUUAGCCGACUGCUCUUCCCCACAAGGCCUAAAUGUCUCGUACUGGAUAUCGUUGACCAACGCGCCACCCGGCACAUUUUGGAAGGAACACUUCUCUGCAGACGAAUUCUACAUACUGCCGUUGUUGAUACCGACAGUCUGUAUGUACAUGAUAUUCACCGUCCUCAGUCUUUACAUAGCGCUGCAAUUGCGCUCCAGGAGGCUAUUGCAUAUAUCCUAUAAAUUGUUCAUCGCUUCCCUGAUAUUUCAAUUACUGGGAAUAUCGUUCGAGGUGUACAGUUAUGUUAAUCUCGGUCUGCAAGGAGUGCCAGCGAUGACCGCUUAUCUGUGGAGCCAACUCUUCGAAGGAUGUUCCGAAAUUUCGUACACUGUUCUCAUGCUGCUGCUCGCUCUCGGUUAUACAGUUACCAGAAGUGUCCUUACAGCGUCGCAAGUCCGAUGGAUCAUUGUAUUUGUAUUCAUUACUUCCUUUUUUCAACUAUCUCUGGUUGGAUAUCAAGUUGCAGCAUUCGAUCCAGGACUGGUGUUAUACGUUUACGAGUCGCCACCAGGCUAUUUUUUAAUUGUGCUGAAAUUGAUCGCCUGGUUCGUGUUUGUCGCUCGUUGUUUCAAGACCAUCAGAAAAUUACACGUGAAGCUCCAUUUCUACUCUUCAUUACUUUUUUUGGGAUCGUUGUGGUUCCUCUUUCAUCCAUUUAUGGUAUUGAUCAAUACUGUAUUCGUGGAUGCAUGGGUGAGAGAAAGCAUCGCCAAAGGAAGUUCUCUGCUCAUUGUCUUCUUGGGUCACAUAAUAUUUUUAUAUGUAACUCGACCAUCUGUGAACAAUAAACGUUUUCCAUUCCACAUUAGGACGUUCCAAGUUGUGCCCAUAGGUGGUCAAGGACAGGAUCACAGCUAUGAGCCUGGUCCUCGCACUGCAGUUACUGCAUUUACUAUCACACGAACACCAUUUUAUAUUAGUCAACCACGAUAAAUGUAGAUAGAAAAGAAAAAAUAGCAAAUAGGGACGUGCAAUCACUGGUGGAAUGCACUGUUAUUCAGUGAUUAUCGAAAAAAAAGCAACGAAUAGAAAAAGCUACUGAAAAAAAAAAGUGUAAUAUCAGUAUAUUUUUUUACUAUACAUGAUGCAAUGCAACAAAUGUGCAUUUUUUGCAUUGAACCUAUGAGAAAUCAUAAUUUAUAUAAUAGAAUAUAAUCUUGAUAAUAACACCAAAUAUUUGUAAGUAGUUUUGAAUCUCUAUAUGACUUUUCUCUUAUCUUAUCACAAAGAUAUUUAUAAUAAAGUUACAUAAUACAA